GCGGGGAGCGUCCCGCCUUGCCCUGAAGCGCUCGAUCCUUCCCAUUGGCUGCGACUGGCAGGGACUGGAUUCCCAUUGGCUGCUGCCAGCCGCGCCUUGCCUGGGAAACUGAACAGAUCUGAACUCCUCUGUGUUACUGGAGGCGGUGAGUCCGGCGUUUACCUGGAGCACCGGAGCUGCACCCUAGAACCUCUGGUGUUGGCGGGGAGAGCUGGUGGUCAGUUUGCAUCAUUUUUUCAAGAAUUCAGACACCCUGUGUUGGAAUUUGGACUCCUUCACUUAUUUAGCUGUACGAUCUUAGACAAGUGACUUAACCUUCCUGUUGCUGUUUUCCCAUCCUGUAAAAUAGGAGUAAUGUCAAGAUGGACCCUUAUGGUUGUUUGUGAGGAUUAAAUGAAAUACAGUGUAAAACAACCAGAAAAAUUGAACAAGAGAAAAAUAUGGAAGGCCUGCCUGAUGUUGCUUCUUUUUCAAGUCGACUCAAAAACACUCUUAUCCAGUACCAUAAUAUUGAAGAUGACAAAUGGCGAGUUGCAAAAAAAACGAAAGAUGUAACAGUUUGGAGAAAACCUUCAGAAGAAUUUAAUGGGUAUCUCUAUAAAGCUCAAGGUGUUAUAGAUGACAUUGUCAAUAGUGUAAUAGACCAUAUACGCCCAGGGCCCUGUCGCUUGGAUUGGGACCGUUUAAUGACUUCAUUGGAUAUUUUGGAGCACUUUGAAGAGAAUUGCUGUGUGAUGCGUUACACUACUGCUGGUCAGCUUUGGAAUAUAAUUUCCCCAAGAGAGUUUGUUGAUUUCUCUUACACUGUGGGCUAUAAAGAAGGACUUUUAUCCUGUGGAAUAAGUCUUGACUGGAGUGAAAAGAGACCUGAAUUUGUUCGUGGAUAUAAUCAUCCCUGUGGUUGGUUUUGUGUUCCACUCAAAGACAAUCCAAACCAAAGUCUUUUGACAGGCUAUAUUCAGACAGAUCUAUGUGGAAUGAUUCCUCAGUCUGCGGUGGAUACUGCCAUGGCAAGCACUUUAACCAACUUCUACAGUGAUUUACGGAAAGCCUUACAAAAGGCAUAAUAUGUUCAAACUUGCAGUACUGUGAUCCCUGACUCUGCUCUUUCCCUCCUGCUACAAGUCCUCUAAAGAUCAUUUAUUUUUCUCUUCUGCAGAACCUGUAGAAACAUUUGGGAUGCUUUUUGUAGCGUAAUGUUUUAUUUUAUUCCUAAAUUAAAUUUCUGUAUAAAAGAGAUUAUUGUUAUUAUUACAUAAUAUUAAUAAUGUAAUAAUUGGUAAUAAUUAAUAAUCAUUGCAUAUUAUUAUUAUUACAUUUUCGUUUGUCCUUUGUUUGGUAUGGUAGUGUGUCUAGUAAUGGAGAGUGUGACAGAAAUGCACAAAGAAGUAAGUACAGUUCUUUGGCCUAGACUGUUCACAUAAAUUGAAUAGUGCCUCAGUGUGAAUAUUUUGAUUGCUUAGAAAUUAGAUGAAGCACAGACUUCAUGUUUUCAUACUAUUUAAGAGCUUUAUGAACAUUUGUAGAAUUUUAAUUUUUUUGAAGGUAAAUGUUAGUCUUUUCCUUUUGGUGUAUUCUAUUAGUUUGCCAAUGUCUUGUACAAAAGAAAAAAAAAGCCUUUCUUUAUAUUUUAUAAGAUAGACUUCAUUGUCAAUUGAACUUGCACUACUUUAAGUAUUAAAGAGACCAAAAAUGAGAAAAGAAUAGUAACUGCAGAUAUAAUUCAAAUACAAUUUAGUUUUGAUAUCUAGUUAACAUUCUUUUGUAAUAUCUUUAAAACACAAUUGUGUCAUUGUGUGCAUUUGUUUUGGGAGUCUGAGAGCAUUUAUGCAUGAAUGUGAUGAUGCAAAAUAACUGCCAAAUAUGUGUUGGGUAUACUACGCUGAUUGAGCAAUAGUCUGGGUUGUGUGAAAUGGCUAGUGGUAUCUAGUAGUCAUCAACAGAGUCAUCUCUAGGAAAUCAGGAUCAGUGAAUGUACAUGUUUCAAUUUUAGAAGUAUUACUCAACUCAAAGCACUAUAAACUGUAACAUAAACAUUCACAACUCUGAUCACUUUUGUCUAAAACUAUAACAAAUAUAUUCAUAGACAGACAUUUUUCAUCCUUUUAUAUUGAUUAGAAUGAACUAUUAUAGGUCCUUUGUUUCUAUGGCUGUCUUAAGUCAUCAUUCUUUAAUGAUUUUUUUUUAUUUCAAAUGAUUCUUUUGCUGUUGAACUAUCCACCUAGUUUACUUUUAAAUUGAGAACCUGAGCCCACUCUGUGUGUUUUUGUAAAUCUUGUAUGUAUAUAUAGGUUUGUGUAUGUGUACAUGUAUUGAAAUCUCAAUGUUCAAUGUCAAUUCUUAAUAUGCUACUAUUACUAUUUCUAUUAUUUCAUUUCUUUUUCCUUUUUUUGGUAGGGGGUGGGGGGACAUAAUAUGGGAUAAAGUGAGCCCUGGAAAUAAUUACAUGCAGGCAGGCCGCAGAAAAGCACAAAAGUAUAUAGUGGUUCAGGUGCAUGAAGCCUUGAUCUUUGUUUAACUUUAGAAAUUUAUAAGCAGCUACUAGGUGAUAUUUUAGAUUAUUUUAGAUCUGCUGAGCUCCAGCUGCGUACUGCUUAUUAAAAAACAACUUAUUGAGAUAAAGUUUCAUAAUAUACAGUUUAUCCAUGUUAAGUCUAUAAUUGAAUAAUUUUUAAAAAUAUAUUUAUAGAGUUAUGCAGCUAAAACUAGAUUCCAGUUUUAGAAUAUUUCCAUCACUCCAAAAAAAUCCUUUUUGUCAGUUUGCAGACUCAUAUCUAACCUAAGUUUACUGCAGUUGCCAGUAUAAAGAAGAUGAUGGAAAUGAUUAUAAUAGGUCUUUUUUGGUCUUGUUUUUAAGAGUGCAGGUGUGUGUGAUUUAAACUCAGGAACCUUGUGAUAAUAUAGUAGACAUUUUAUCUCUAAUGUCAUCAUAAUUUAAUGUGGGAUUGAUAUUAACAUAUAAUUGAGUAUGCUGUUUCUAUAAGCAGUGCUGUAGGAUAGAAAAAUAAUCUAAGCCAUGUAUGUAAUUUUAAAAUUUUCUAGCAGCCACAUUAAAAAAUAAAAAUAAGCAGAUGAAAAUAAUUUUAGUAAUAUAUUUUAUUUAACUCAAUAUAUCCAAAAUAUUGUUAUUUCAACAUGUAGUCAAUGUAAAAAAAUUAUUGAGAUAGUUUAUAUUCUUCUGUACUAAUUACUUGAAAUCUAGUAGUGUGUUUUGCUGAUUGGGACUAGCCAUAUUUUAAGUGCUGCUUAGCCACAUGUCAGUGAUUACUAUAAUAUUUGUUAUUCAGCAUAGUUCUAUACUGUAUUUAUUCAUUUGUUUUGCUACAAGGUGAAGUAGAUAAUUUCAUGAAAUUACUUUCCCAAGUAGAAGUCUUCUGUAGUCUCUAUAGUCUUCAAUACUUGCUAAAUAGGAUAUCUGAGUUUUGUAAAUAAAUCAAUAAUUAUCAGUAAAAUAAAAUUAUUGAGUGACCCCAUGCUUUGGGCCUCUAGUAAGGUGCCACAUUAUUGGAGGCAUGUGGUACAGCAAACUUCUUACUUUAUGUGGCUCAGUAGUAGAGCAGUUUUUGCCCACAUCUGAGGUACUGGGUUCAAUUCUCAGCACCACAUAAAAACAAAUAAAUAAAAUAAAGGUAUUGUGUCCAUCUACAACCUAAAAAAAAAAAAAAAUAGUGAGCCAAAAUAUUUUUCUUUAAAGAUAAAUAACUUUUGAUAAGGCAAUUGAGGAAGUGAAAAAACAUAAUCUGCCUUGUUAUAUAUGGUUGAUUGUUUCCUGUACUUUAUAGUUAGUAUGUUCUAGAAACUUGUAUAUAUAGAAAAUAGUCAACAUAGUACUGUUUUCAGCACAUAGUGGCUAUUUUUUAAGGAAAUUAAUUUCAUACAUAAGAAGUAAUUUGUCAUAAAUGACACUUUUGCAUGAAAUACUGGUUUGUGUUGAUAACUCUUAAUUAAUCCUGGAUGUUUAAAACAAUACUCAGCAAAAAUAAUUAUAGGAAUUUGAUGUUCUGUGUCAAUCUAUAAUUUAAACUGCCAGAGUAGGAGAGAUUGUAAGUUAGGAAUCUCUUCAUCUCAAUGUUCCUUGAGGUUGGAUGUAUUUGAAAUUGAUUUCCAUAUGUAAAAUGGAGAUUUUAAUUUCUUUUUCCUCCUCUGCUCUUAACUGAAGGACAUUUUAUCAGUACUCAGGUUGAAUUAAAUUAACAUAUGAAGCUAAAAACUCUGUAACUGAGGUUAGCUCUGGAGAAGACAGGAAAGUCCUUAAUUGUAUAUUGAGCUUUUAGUUCAGAAAUUUGAUGUAGAUAGCAGUUUUACCUCUUUACUCAGCAUACUACCAUCCUUAGUAUCAGAUGUUAAAUCCAGUUUCUUUUUAUUAAGUGGAUACUGUAGCUUUCUCAACUCAAUAUUUAAAUUAACAGAGGAGCUAAGGGAAAUUUGGACUUAAUCAGAUUUUCAUUAGCACUUGUAUUGAAUAAUUACUAGUCCAUUGUAUCUCCAUGCCUUUCUCUUUUUCUUUUUUCCUUUUUUCAGUGUGAGCAAUCAGAUCAGGGCCUCAUGCAUGCUAGGCAAGUACUCUACUAUUGAGCCACAUUGCCAGUCCCCAGUUUAUCUCACUGCAUUUCUAGAAAUAGAGCGUAAUAGGAUUGGAGCAUAGAAGAAAUAUUAGAUUCAUUCAAAAGCACAGAAAGUUGGAAUUAUAAUUUCUUCAUUAUUGUGUUGUUUUUCUAAGUGUUUUAUGUAUGUAGCUGAAUAUUAAAAUUUAUCUUUUACAAUUCAAGAAAAGUUGUACUCUAUAUAGAUAUAAAGUUUAUAAUUAUUUUGUGAAGCAGUUUAUAAAAUAAUAGUAGCAUUAUUAGUAUGAAUAAAAUGCAUACUUAUUUUUAAAUUGCUAUGAAAUAUAUUAGAAUAAAAACUUGUAGACAUGUUUGUAAUGGGUCAUUGAUCUUGUCUGUGUAAGUUUCUUUAACCUUAAAUAAUGACUAAAUAUUUAGUUUUAUAUAUCCAGAUUUAAAGUACAUAAUUUAACUUCAUAAACAGUUACAAGUGAAAUAUGUAAACCUGGAAAAUAAAGUUAACAACACAUAGGAUAAUCUCCCACCAACAUCAUAUAUGUUAGCCACAAUACUGCUGCUUCCAUGGUGCUGAAUCUUUGCUACUGUAUUAGCUUUCCAUUACUAUUACAAAAUACCAGAUGAAAUUAACUUGAGAAAAAGUUUACUUUGCCUCACAGUUCUGGAGCUUCCAGUCCAGAAGCAAGUGACCCCAUGCUUUGGGCCUCUGAUAGGGUGCCACAUUAUUAUGGAGGCAUGUGGUACAGCAAACUUUUUACUUUAUGAGCCAUGAAAUGAAGAGAAAGAAAGAAAUAAAGGUUCCCCAGUCCCUUGCGAGGGCGUGUUCCCAAUGACCUGUGGACCUUCCAUUGCCACCUCCGACUAUUACUACCCUAGGACCAAGCCUUUAACACAAGGGCCUUUUGGGGGCAUUCAGCAUCCAAACUAUAGUAGUUAAUAUAUACUUAGAUAAAUGAAUGUAUUCUGUCUUCAUUGCAAUAACAUAUGGUCAGGGUUUAUCAUGCAUGUGUUCAAAUAAUAUAAUAAGUUGAUUAGGAACUAUGGAUAAUUUCAUUUACAAUUGAAAAAAGCUGGAAAUAAUUAUAAGGACACCCAUGAUUUAUAUUAUAAAAAAGCAAUUAGGGAUGCUGUGGGCAGUGGGUAAUGGGAAAUAUGAUUAUGAAGUGGCUUAAACAAAUGGAAAGAUAUUUUCCUCAUUUAAUAAUAAAAAAAAUCCUGGUACUAUCAUCAGAAUGUUUGUGUUCUCCCUGUAAAUUCGUAUAAUGAAAUCCUAACCCCCAAGGUGAUGGCUUUAGGAGGUGGGCCUCUGGGAGGUAACUAGGUCACCCUCAUGAAUGUAUUUAGUACCCCUAUAAAAGGCCCAAAUGAGAUCCCUCAUUCCUUCUGCCAUGUGAGGACACGGUGAUAGGGCACUCUGAGGAAGUUGGCCCUUACGAGGUCCCAAAUCUCAAAGCACCUUGAUCUUGAAUGUCCUCCAAAAAUGCCAGAGAUAAAUUUGUUUACCAAUCACUUAGUUUAUGGUAUUUUGUUAUAGCCCUUGGAAUAGGAAGGGCAUCUCUCAGCUUCAUCUAUCUUAUCAGAAAAGUAUAACCUUUUUUCUAAAAGCCUCCAGUAGCUUUUAUUCCUGUUGGUCUGGAUCACACAACUAUGCAUAACUGUAAUGGUGACUGGGAACAAGCACAAGGGCUCCUAGCUUCUGGGAGAGGCAGCUGACCAUAACUGGAGAGUCAACUAUACCAUCAUCCACUGGAUCAAUUUUGGGAAGUAUGUGUAAAGCUCCUAUAGAUGUUGUGUGGAAAAUGAUGGACCCUUAAUGUGGAAAUGAAAAAAUACUCAUUUGUUUUCUUCAAAAAACAUUUUGAGCCCCUUCUAAUGACAGAUGCUACAUGGCUAUUUCUAAUUGAUGUAAUGAGGUGAUGGAAUUUCCCCUUGUAGGUUUUUUGUUGAUAAUUGAUGUCACAUGGCAUCCAACGUGAAUGAUCUGUGUUUGUAUUGUUGCCCUGUUUCUUUUACUUUGGAUCAAAGGGUUCAUAUGGAAGGCCUUCGUAGUCAAGCAAGGACAGAAAAUGCUGAAAAAUGAACUGCAAAUAUAUCCCAGGAGAUACCGAGGGUGAGUCCAUGCUACUUGUGUUAUCAGUUGUACACAUGAUUAGAGAAGUGCAGAAUUCUGUGAUAAAAAUAUGGAGGAAGCAGAGGGUUUAUGUUCCAAAAUAGGCUUUUAUUUAUUCAUAUUCUUUCCCAGAAGCUUUACCUUCCUACUUGUGUGGUUUUUUUUGUUGUUGUUUUUUUUUUUUAAGUCCAGGGCAGCUGACUUUUGAUUAAAGAAAGGAAAUAGUCUAGAGGUUGCACAAAACCAGAUUGAAGUAAAAAUAAGGCAGGUUUCAUAUAUCAAAAAUUGAUUAAUUGAUGGGAGACCAUUUCCCUCAGUUCCUGCAAUUCAGAGGUCUUUGUUUAGAAUAAAAGUGUCUUCUCAACAAAACCAAGAUUUUGGACCUAAUGGUGGUGAAUAUAGCAAAAUGUAAUUCUGAGUUUAUUAUUAUUGAGAAAAGAAAAAGAAUUGAGGCUAGAUUAUUAUGCAUCUGUCAUAAGUGUGUGUAUUGUAGAGAUUAUGCAAAAAUGUGUAUGAGGUCAUGACUGAUGUAAAAAGGUCUACAAUAUGAUUACAAAUUUGUAAGAAAAGUAAACUAAUACUAGAGAAAAAGAUGAUGAUUGUUUUUGGAAAACAUGGUAAUUUUCUACUCUUCUAUAUUUUCAAAUUUUUAUAAUGAAUUAUCAGUUUUUAUUUGAAUCGCUUCCAUUGUUUCUAGUAAACUGACUUCCCAAUACUGAGAGAAUUGGAUGAAUAAAUAGUCUGUUUCUUCUCAGUCACUGUAAACUUAUGAAGCCAUUACCUUUCUGGAUAUGAUAUCUAUUUAAAUAAAAUGAGCCGUUGUAUUAAAUAA